AACAAAAUCAAUUUGCAACAAAUCAAAGUUAAGCACACAACUUGUAUUAAAACAAAAAGAAUUUUUUUGAGCACGUAAACAACAACAACAGCAACAGCAACAAUUUAUUGUGUAUUAUUAAACAUAAACAAAACAAUUCUUGUGUCGCGCUCAGUUCUCAAUGUUGCCACAAGCUUUGGCUGCCAUCAACAGCAGCCAACAAUCAAUUGUUAACACACACACAUAAGCAACUAAAAACAAACAACAACAACAAAAGCGCAAAUAAACAAUAACAAUAUACCAGCCCACGAAUGCAGCCAACAUUGCCACAAGCCGCUGGGACAGCCGAUAUGGAUCUGACGGCUGUUCAAUCAAUCAACGAUUGGUUUUUCAAAAAGGAGCAAAUUUAUUUAUUGGCACAAUUUUGGCAACAGCGCGCUACUUUAGCUGAAAAGGAAGUCAACACACUCAAGGAGCAACUUAACACCAGCACGCCUGGCAGCAACGACAGCAACAGCGAUACCAGCAACACAGCAGCAGCAACAGCAGCAGCAGCAGCAACAGUUACAAGCUCGGAGGAGGAGCAAACUUUAGGAGCAGCAGCAGCUGUGGAUAGCGACAGCGAUAAGCUGUUGAACAGCUCGAUUGUUGCAGCGGCCAUAACGCUGCAGCAACAGAACGGCGGCAAUCUGCUGGCCAACACCAACACACCGUCGCCAUCGCCGCCGUUGCUCAGCGCCGAGCAGCAGCAACAGUUGCAGAGCAGCCUGCAGAACGGCGUCGGCGGCGCUUGCUUGAAUCCCAAACUGUUUUUCAAUCACGCACAGCAAAUGAUGAUGGAAGCAGCAGCCGCAGCAGCAGCAGCCGCAGCAGCAGCAGCAGCAGCACAACAGCAGCAGCAACAAUCGCCAAUGCAUUCACCAACAAUUGCUGCUGUAGAUGCAGCACAAACGACAGCAGCAACAACAGACAGCAAUGCAGCAGCAGCAGCAGCAGCAGCAGAGCCAGCAGCAACUGUUGCAACGAGCAAUCAUUGCAAUGAGCAUGCAGACGACGACGACGACGACGAUGCUGAUGCUGAUGCUGAUGAUGAUGAUGAGGAGGAGGAUGCAUCAAUGCAAUCAAAUGUGGCGCAUGCUGCCGAUGGGGAACUCGACGAUGAGGAUAUGGAGCUGGAGCAGCUGCCAGCAGAAUCGGAUGUUGCUGCUGAGCCUUUGGCUAGAACUGAGAGCAUUGCUGCUGGUGAUGAAAAACAAAGCAAUGAGCACGAGGAGGAGCACGAGGCUGUGGACGCUAGUUUAAACAAUAAUCAUAACAACAACAACAACAACAAUAACAACAAAGAUAGUUGCAACGAUUUGCAGCAUGUUGCACUGCGUGAUAAUUUAAAUGUAACUGAGCAACAUGUAGCCAACAACAAUAAUUGCACCGAAGCUGAAGACGACUGCGCCAACAACAACAACAACAACAACAACAACACGAAUACAAACAACAACAACAAGCACAAAAAGCGCAACAGCAGCAACAACAACAAUCAGCCCGCUGUGCUGCUAGCAGCCAAAGACAAAGAGAUUAAAGCACUGCUGGAUGAGCUGCAGCGUCUGCGCGCUCUGGAGCAAACUCAUCUGGUUCAAAUUCAGCGACUCGAGGAGCAUCUCGAGGUCAAACGUCAGCACAUUAUGCGACUCGAAGCGCGUCUCGACAAGCAGCAGAUCAACGAAGCUCUAGCUGAAGCUACCGCUCUAGCUGCUGCUGCCAGCAACAACAACAACAACAAUAGCAAUAACAACAACAACAGCAGCAGCAGCAGCGACAACAACAAUGAAAGCAACGCCAAUGAUUUGUCAGCAUACAAAUCGAAGCUCGACGAGGAUGAAGACGACGACGAUGAGCAAGCAGCUGAUGCUGAAUUGAACGCUGGCGUCGUCGCCGGUGGCGAUGAUGAUGAUGAGGAGUCGUCGUCGCUGCUGCAUGAAUCAGCGUCAGCAUCAGCGUCAGCAGUUGCAGUCGCAGCCGCAGCUGCCAACAACAAUCGCCAUGACGAUGAUGAGCAGGAGGAGGAUGAGCCGCUGGAUGCGGAUAUGUCGCAUAACUCCAGCGCCGUUGAGAGCAAUGAGCUCAAAAUCAAAAAGGAACAGCACAGUCCACUGGAUCUGAACGUGCUUAGCCCACAGUCGGCCAUUGCCGCUGCCGCCGCUGCCUGCGCCAAUGAUCCGAACAAAUUCCAAGCUUUACUACUGGAACGCACCAAAGCUUUGGCCGCCGAGGCGCUUAAGAAUGGCAACAGCGAUGUGCAACAUGCAGCAAGCGAAGAAAUGACGCAACAGCAACAUGCAACAGCUGAGCCAGCAGCAGCAGCAGCUGACAUUGAAACGCCAGCAGCAGCAGCAGCAGCAGCAGCAACUGAAGCAGCAACAGCAGCUGAAAAAAUUGUUGUGCAGCCAAAGUUAGAAAUCGUUGAUGACAACGAGCUGGACAGCCAAACGCUUGAAGAGCAGCUGGUCAAUAGCUACUGGCGACGUGGCUUUGAGACAACAGCAGCAGCAGCAGCAGCAGCAACUGUUGCCGCCGCCGCAGCAGCAACAACAAGCAAAACGCCAACAAUUUAUCAAAAUGCUGCACAGCAAUUGUUGCCGCCACCGCCACCGCCGCCGCCGCCGCCAAACCAACAACAACAACAACAACACUAUCAGCAACAACAACAGCAGCAGCAGCAGCAACAUGGACCUUCGUCCACAGUGCUGCUAAGUCAAUUGGUUAACUCAACUUUCUCACAUGCCAAUCACUCCUCUUGUUCCAAUUCCAAAUCCACAAAUGCGCGCACAGACGGCAGCAAUGCGCAUCAGCAGCAACAUGCUGCACAGCAGCAGCAGCAGCAGCAGCAUCACCUGAACAACAGCAAUAGCAGCAACAGCAGCAGCAGCGCCGCCGGCAGCAGCAACGAUGCGCUCAAUCAUCAUCAUCAUGCCCAUCAUCUGGCCCAUGGCCAUGGCCAGCUGCUGCACGCCGCCGCCGCCGCUCACCACCUGCAUCAUGGCGGCGACUCGAACAGCAGCAGCGCCAACAGCACGCCCAAUCCAACAGCAACCGCCCAGCUGGCCGCCAGCAUUGCCAGCACGCUCAAUGGCAACAAGUCGCUGCUGCAAGCGGCCGCUGCAGCCGCCGCCGGUGUGGAGGACAACAACAACAGUUUGACGCCAGCAGCAGCCGCUGCGAUGGCCGCGCAUGCUCAGCACGCCGCCGCCUUGGGCGCCAGCAGCUUUCUGCCCAAUCUGCCAGGGCUGCCAGCAUUUCAGUUUGCCGCCGCCGCCGCUGCGGGCCAAGAGGCGCGCGCGCAUUUCCGUUUCGCCGACGCCGAGCUGCAGCUGCAGCCGGGCGUCUCGAUGGCGGGACGCCUGGGUGAAUCGCUCAUCCCCAAGGGCGAUCCCAUGGAGGCGAAGCUGCAGGAAAUGCUGCGCUACAACAUGGACAAGUAUGCGAAUCAGGCCUUGGACACGCUGCACAUAUCGCGACGGGUGCGCGAGCUGCUCUCGGUGCACAACAUUGGGCAGCGUCUGUUCGCCAAAUAUAUUCUGGGCCUCAGCCAGGGCACCGUGUCGGAGCUGCUGAGCAAGCCGAAGCCCUGGGACAAGCUCACGGAGAAGGGACGCGAUAGUUAUCGCAAAAUGCACGCCUGGGCAUGCGAUGAUAAUGCGGUGAUGCUGCUCAAGUCGCUCAUACCCAAGAAAGAUUCUGGUUUGCCACCUUAUGCGGGACGCGGCGCUGGCGGCGGCGGUGAUGAUUCCAUGUCCGAGGAUCGCAUUGCGCACAUUCUAAGCGAAGCCUCGUCGCUCAUGAAGAGCAAUGUGGCUGCAGUGCAGCAGCAGCAGCAGCAGCAGCAGCAGGAGCAUCAGCGCCGUCAUUUGGUGGACGAUACUCACAGCAAUGAGGACAGCAAAUCGCCUCCGCAGAGCUGCACCUCGCCCUUCUACAAGGUCGAUCAGCAGCUGAAGCAGCAGCAACAGUCGCAGCAGCAGCAGCAGCAACAGCAGCAGCAACAUGCCAGCGAGCAGGCCCUGCGCGAACGCGAGGCAGUGCAGCGGGAGCGCGAGGCUGUGCAGCGUGAGCAGCGCGAGCAGCAGCAGCGAAUGCGCCACGAGGACUUGGCCCAGGACAAAAUGGCGCGUCUCUAUCAGGAGAUUAUGGCGCGCACGCCACGCGAGGCAGCAUUUCCAAGCUUUUUGUUGUCCCCAUUCUUUGGCGGCGCUGCGCCCAAUGCAUUCCCCGGCGCAAUGGCCGCCGAUGAGAACAUGCGUCAUGCCUUCGAGCGUGAGAUUGCCAAGCUGCAGCAGCAGCAGCAGCAGCAGCAACAGGCGGCGGCGGCGCAGCAGCAACAAGUGGCGGCGGCGGCGCAACAUCAAAGCGCAAGCUUUCCAAAUCUUUCCAGUUUGAUGGCGCUGCAGCAGCAAGUGCUGAAUGGCGCGCAGGACUUGUCGCUGGCCGGCAAGGAUUUCAAGCUGAACGGCAGCAGCAGCAACAGCAGCCUAAAGGACAGCGAACGAGCGGCGAACAAUGAGGAUGAGCGCAGCUUUCACUCGAGGAAGAGCGAAGUGGCGGCGGCAGCGGCGGCGGCGCCAAACGCCAGCACAACGCAGCGUGAGAGCAGCGCCAACAGCGCACCAGGGACUGGUGGUGCUGGUGGUGGUGCUGGCAGCAACAGCAGCGCAGCGCCCAGUCCGCUAAGCAAUUCGAUAUUGCCGCCGGCGCUGAGCAGCCAGGGCGAGGAGUUCGCAGCGACCGCGAGUCCGCUGCAGCGCAUGGCGUCGAUUACGAAUUCGUUGAUAACGCAGCCACCGGUGACGCCGCAUCACACGCAGCCACAGCGACCCACCAAGGCGGUGCUGCCGCCGAUAACACAACAGCAAUUCGACAUGUUCAACAAUCUGAACACCGAGGACAUUGUGCGGCGCGUCAAGGAGGCGCUGAGCCAGUACAGCAUCUCGCAGCGACUGUUUGGCGAGUCUGUGCUGGGCCUGUCCCAGGGCUCCGUGUCCGAUUUGCUGGCGCGACCCAAGCCCUGGCAUAUGCUGACCCAGAAGGGACGCGAGCCGUUCAUACGCAUGAAAAUGUUUCUGGAGGACGAAAAUGCGGUGCACAAACUUGUGGCCAGUCAGUACAAGAUCGCGCCGGAGAAACUGAUGCGCACGGGCAGCUACAGCGGCAGUCCCCAGAUGCCCGAGGGCAUGCAGAAAAUGAUGACGGCGCGGCCCAUGCAGAAGAUGAUGAACGAGCUGAAGCUGCAGGAGCCGGCGCAGGCGCAGCACAUAAUGCAGCAAAUGCAGGCGGCGGCCGCAAUGAGCGCGGCCAUGCAGCAGCAGCAGCAGCAGCAACAGGCGGCCGCAGUCGCUGCGCAGCAGCAUCAGAACCAAGCAGCGCAGCAGCAGGCGCAACAAGCAGCCGCCGCCGCAGCAGCCGCAGCAGCUGCAGCGCAGCAAGCGCAGCUGUUGCAUCAUCAGAACAUGCUGCUCACCUCGCCCGGAUUGCCGCCGCAGCAUGCGAUCAGUUUGCCCGCCGCCAGCGGCAAUGGCCAGCCCAACGCCAGCAGCACGCCCGUGAGUAGCAGCAGCAGCAGCGGCGGCGGCGGCGGCGGCGAGAAGAAGCCCAUGCUGAUGCCACAUGCGGGCGCACACGCGCCCAACUCCAUGCGCAGUCUGCAUCCGCACAUGUCGCCCACUGUUUACGAAAUGGCAGCGCUCACACAAGAUCUGGACACACAUGACAUAACCACCAAGAUCAAGGAAGCGCUGCUGGCCAACAAUAUUGGUCAGAAGAUAUUCGGCGAAGCUGUGCUGGGUCUGAGUCAGGGCAGCGUCUCGGAGCUGCUGAGCAAGCCGAAGCCCUGGCACAUGUUGUCGAUCAAGGGACGCGAGCCCUUCAUACGCAUGCAGCUGUGGCUAAGCGACGCCAACAAUGUGGAGCGUCUGCAGCUGCUCAAGAACGAGCGACGCGAGGCGAGCAAACGUCGCCGCAGCACCGGACCCAAUCAGCAGGACAACAGCAGUGACACCAGCAGCAACGACACCAACGAUUUCUACACCAGCAGCCCUGGCCCUGGUUCGGUGGGCUCCGCUGUGGCCGGCGCGCCGCCCAGCAAGAAGCAGCGCGUGCUGUUCAGCGAGGAGCAAAAGGAGGCGCUGCGCUUAGCCUUUGCGCUCGAUCCCUAUCCCAAUGUGGGCACCAUUGAGUUUCUGGCCAACGAGCUGAGCCUGGCCACGCGCACCAUCACCAACUGGUUCCAUAAUCAUCGCAUGCGCUUGAAGCAGCAGGUGCCGCACGGCCAGCCCGGCCAGGACAAUCCCAUACCCAGUCGCGAGAACACCAAUGCCACGCCCUUUGACCCCGUGCAGUUUCGCCUGCUGCUGCAGCAGCGUCUUGUGGAGCUGCACAAGGAGCGCAUGGGGCUAAGCGGCGCGCCCAUUCCCUACCCACCUUACUUCGCUGCCGCUGCGCUGCUGGGACGCAGCUUGGCGGGCAUACCGGGCGCUGCCGCGGCUGCCGGCGCUGCUGCUGCUGCGGCUGCUGCCGUUGGCGCCGCUGGCGGCGAUGAGCUGCAGGCGCUGAAUCAAGCGUUCAAGGAGCAAAUGAGCGGCUUGGACUUGUCCAUGCCCUCGCUCAAGCGCGAGCGCAGCGACGACUACCAGGACGAGCUGGAGCACAACAUGAGCGACAAUGAAUCGCUUGCGGGCGAGCAGGAGUCCAACAAUCCCGUCGCUGACUAUGGCGCGCUGCAGAAGUCCGCGCUGGCCUCAGCUGCUGCCGCUGCUGCUUACAUGAGCAACGCAGUGCGCAGCUCACGCCGCAAGCCCGCGGCGCCGCAAUGGGUGAAUCCAGCUGGCGCUGCCACGCCCACAGCCGCAGCAACAGCAACAGUUGCUGCUGCUGCUGGCGACAGCGAGCGCAUUAUCAAUGGCGUUUGCAUUAUGCAGCAAGCGGCGGCGGCUGCGGCGGCGGCAGCGGCAGCUGCAGCAGCAGGCGCUGAAGCGGAGCUUGAGGAGCAGGCGCAGCUGGAGCUGGAGCAGCGCUAUAUGGAGCCUGAAGUGCGCAUCAAACAGGAGGAGGACGAUGAGGAGCUAGCGCAGCAGCCAACGGAGACAACCGAGCAGCAGCAGCUUAAGGUCUUAAGCGAGGAGCAGCUGCGUCUGGUGCGUGUGCGUCGCCUAAGCAGCGAGCCCGAGGAGCAGUCGGCCACGCCCAGCGCCACGCCCACAGCAGCGCCAGCAGCUGCUGCUGCUGCAGCCGCCGCCUGGAAUUUUUAAAUCUGUGUGCAAUGUGAUUAAGUUUUGUAGCCAGCGCAGCAGCAGCAGCAAUUUGUUUAAACAUUUACAUAUAUAAACAAAUACAUA